GGCUGGGGCGAGUUACAAGCUUCAGCUGACAGCACUCGUCCAGCGAGCGAUCCGAUCGCCAGUUGACGACGGUGUGUGGUAUGGGAAGGGUGGUGUGUUUGUUGUGAUCCGCUCUGCACAUAAUGGAUCUAGGGGCAGACGUGUGGGGGCAGGUAGCUCGUGAGUCAGCACAACUAUACGUGACAGACGGCACAACCUACAGGAGUCCAUUUUUCAACACGACGAUAGAGAAGUUGCCAGACAAAGUUCUUCUUAACAUCUUCUCGUAUCUGUCACACCGUGAGAUCUGCCGGAUGGCGCGUGUCUGUAAGAAAUGGCGAGUGAUUGCGUAUGACACUCGUCUCUGGAGGGAUGUUUCGCUGCGUCCUGAAAUCUCUGGAUUACAUGUUGGAUCGCUUGAGUCACUCCUUGGGCUGAUCAGUAUUAGGUUUGGCCCUACUUUGCGCUACAUUGAACUACCCAUUGAACUCAUCACACAUACUGUACUGCAUGAGCUCUCAAACAAAUGUCCUAAUUUGACGCACAUGUUACUGGACUUCUCUACAGCCAUGCAACUGCAUGACUUCAGUGAGAUGCAGGCUUUUCCAACCAAGCUGCGGUAUAUGUGUAUAUGUUUGUCAGAGGUUAUCUUCAUGGAGGGCUUCAUGAGAAAAAUAUACAACUUCAUUAAUGGGCUCGAAAUUCUACAUCUGAUAGGUACAUAUGAGAAGGUAGAGGAAGAGGAAGAAGAAAUUUAUGAGGUCAUAAAUGUUCACAAAUUGAAGUCUGCAACUCCCAACUUGAGGGUCAUCAACCUGUUUGGCAUCAACUUUGUAGAUGACAGCCAUAUUGAAGCCUUUAGUUCCAACUGUAUUCAGCUAGAGUGUCUGGCAGUGAACUUCUGUUCUAAAGUUAGCGGGUCAUGCAUAAAGACACUGUUGCAGCGAAGUCGACGACUGAGGUGCCUUCUGAUGAAUCAAACAAGCCUCGUCAGUGAGCAUGUGAUGCAGGUGGAAUGGGAGAAGACGGCGCUGCAGGAACUGGACAUUACUGCAACAGAUCUAAGUACACAGUGUCUUAUUGACAUGCUGACACGAAUCCCAAACCUGCGGUUUUUAUCAGCAGGGCAACUUAAUGGUUUCAAUGACUCAGUACUUAAAGCUUUCAUGGAAUUAGGAAACCCCAAAAACUUGAUAGCAUUGGAUGUGGAUAGCUCGGACAACCUGACUGAUGAUGCCUUGCAUAAGUUCCUGUCUCGCCACGGUCACCAGCUGUGGGGAAUUGAUUUGUCUGGUAUGCCGCACAUCACAGACCAACUGUGGCAGUCAGUUCUACCUGUUCUCAAUAAUGCAAAGAUUGUGACCAUGGGCACCCAGGAACGUCUUGGUGUGAAUAUCCACGUAGAUCAGCUGAUGGAUGGGAUCGCUAACAACUGUCCAAAUCUGGAGCGCUUGGAGCUGCGCUGGGAUCCUGAGAACCUUCGAUUCUCUGACAAGAGCCAGAAAGCCAUUGACAUUCUAAGAGUCAAAUGUCCAAAAUUGAGAUGUCUUGUUCUCAGUGAUGGCCGGUACUACGAGACUACUAAAGCCAAUUUUGAGAGAGCUGACCGUACAACAGUGGUGAGAACAACAACAAACUGUCGUGUGUCUAACUACUAUCUCCUCUCCAACUACAAGGAUCUCAUAUUCAAUUGAUAUUGACUCUUACUACAAAAAUAUACAAGAGUAUAGAGUGUUAUUUUGUUCAGCCAGCAAGUCACCGCAAAGAUACAUAUCAAACUCUGUACUCAAAAAACAGCAGCUGGAUAUUGACAUUUUUUUUUUUGCGCUAGAAUUACACAAUGCUUAAAGAAAAAAAUAUGGUUUUAACAACAGCAUAUGUUAAAGAUUUUUAUUUUCAGAGUGUCUAUAUCCCUUGAAGUGAUAUUAAAAAGUAGAGUUUCAAAAAUUGA